AUGAAUCAUAACUUAGAUAAUGAAAUCUGCUUAGGCAGUUUUUUGCAGAGUUGCUACAAAUCAACACCAAUUGAAACUUGCCUCUUCUCUAUUUCAGGUACCAUUCCGUUAAUCGAAGACUUUAGCGAUGCACGCAAUUUGGCGACUCUAGCCGCCUUCGCUUCGUUGGGCGCUAUUACCUGGUAUGCUUGCACAACCCGUAAUUUAACUCGAUCUCGCGUGCUUUUGAUGAGUCUCGCCUGGCUGGCAUUGCCAUUUGUGCCCGCCUCCAAUCUCUUCUUUCCAGUUGGCUUUGUAGUGGCCGAGCGUAUACUCUACAUGCCUUCUAUGGGCUACUGUCUAUUCGUGGCCUACGGAUACGUACAAUUAGAGAAUUAUCUGAACGGUAAAGUGAUCAUGCGCCGUUUAAUGCAACUGUCACUAAGUUUGUUGUUGCUCACGCAUGCGCUCAAAACACAUCACCGAAAUAUGGAUUGGCGUACAGAGUACACGCUGUUCAUGUCAGGAGUUCAUGUAAAUAGCAGAAAUGCCAAACUCUUUAACAACGUUGGUCAUGCGCUUGAAAAUGAGCAACGUUAUGCGGAGGCCUUGCUGUAUUUCCAGCAAGCGGUGCAAAUACAACCGGAUGAUAUUGGCGCGCACAUCAAUGUUGGACGUACCUACAACAAUAUGCAGCAAUACGAUCAGGCCGAGGUGGCAUAUCGCAGGGCCAAGUCUUUAUUUCCGCAAGUGAAACCCGGCGAAAGUUACCAAGCACGCAUAGCACCCAACCAUUUGAAUGUGUUUAUAAAUCUAGCACAACUUAUUGCGCGCAAUAGCACGCGACUUGAAGAGGCCGAUCUGCUGUACCGCCAGGCAAUCAGUAUGCGCGCCGACUAUGUACAAGCGUAUAUUAACCGCGGCGACAUACUGAUGAAAUUGAAUCGCACCGCACUGGCGCAAGAGGUCUACGAGAAGGCGUUAUUGUACGACAGUGAGAAUGCCGACAUCUAUUACAAUUUGGGUGUUGUUUUCUUGGAGCAAGGUAAAAGUGCGCAGGCGCACGUCUACUUUAACAAAGCCAUCGAAUUGUAUCCGGAACAUGAACAAGCCCUACUCAAUUCCGCCAUACUUCUACAGGAGCACGGCGGUGCAGAAGCGCGUGAGUUGUCGCGUGCGCGCCUGUUCAAGGUGCUAAACAAGGAUGCGAACAAUGAGAAGGUCUAUUUCAAUUUGGGCAUGCUGGCCAUGGACGAAUCGAAUUUUGAAGAAGCAGAACAGUUUUUUAAGCGAGCAAUACACCUGCGUGCUGAUUUUCGCAGUGCACUUUUUAAUUUGGCGCUACUCCUAGCCGAUGCCAAUCGGCCGUUGGACGCAAUCCCGUACCUGAAUCAGCUAAUACGUCAUCAUCCCGAACACAUUAAAGGUUUGAUCCUGCUCGGUGACAUUUACAUAAAUCACAUGAAGGAUCUAGAUGCGGCUGAGCAAUGCUAUCGCAGUAUACUUCGUUAUGAACCGCACAACAUACAGGGUCUACACAAUUUGUGUGUAGUAUUUGUGGAGCGCAAGAGGUUGGCGCGUGCCAAUGCGUGUUUGCGUUUUGCCCAUCAUUUGGCGCCACAUGAGGAUUAUAUUCUUCGUCAUUGGCAAAUUGUACAGCAGCGCCUUCAGAAGAUAACACAGUUACCUGAAACGUCGCUGGAGCGACAAAUUGCCUAUGCUGACUAUCAACCGGACGAGUUUAAGGUGAUAGCAACGAAAGUGGACAGAAAGGAAUAUGCAAGUUUACAAGAAGAAAAUCAGCAAAGGCAACAACAUCGGUAGAAGCAAGCAGCAGAUAAUUAUAGAUAUAUUAUACUGAGUAAGUUUGAAGAAUACAUGUUUAUUGAUAAUGCCAUAGAAUUGUCGUAUUUAAGAGAGAGUUAAGAUACUUAAAUGUAGAUAUAAGUUUAAGUGUAUUGUGUAUGCGUUGUUGUGGGAUUGGGGACCGUCUAUAAAAUUAGCAAUUUGUACGAUUUGAUUUAAAGUGAACCAUUUUUCUUAUGAUUCACCGCAGUUCACUUUCUUUAAGGUCGUAGGCCGAGAUCUUUACAUAAAGUUUUUAAAUAUCUACGUAAAAUAAAUACAUAUAAAGACAGGAUAACUCAUUUGAUCAUUCUCCAAAAAACAAAGCUCCAACUUCUUUAUUUUCCUAUUGAUUACUUCAUUUAUUUACGGAUAUUUG